AAUUAUUGAUGGCGAUAAUUUUUCGGCUUCCGAUAACGUCUAUUAUUAUCAUGGAUUAAACUCCCCUAUUCAGAUUGUUUUAAACAAUACGGAAAACCGAACUCAUCCAUUCCAUUUGCACGGACACUCGUUCUGGAUUAUUGCUCAAGGCGGAAUAGGCAGUAAUGUUCAGCCCCUUAGUUCCUUAAAAUUUAACUUUGACGAUCCACCAUUCCGCGACAUAAUAACACUCAAAGAACUUAGUUUAAGUGUAAUCAGGUACUACGCGGACAACCCUGGUGUCUGGUUGCUCCAUUGCCACAUUGAAUGGCAUAUCGAAUUGGGAAUGGUGGUUCAAUUGGUCGAAUUGCCAGAGAUAUUCUCGAAAUACGUUAUUCCCAAUGAUGUUAAUAGGCUUUGUACAAGUAUAUCGUAG